AUGGAUUUCUCUAAAUCACAGAAGGUGCAGUUCGAUAUGCAUAUGUUAGCUAAGGAACCUGAUGACUGGUGGAUCAACACUUGUCAGGUGUUGGAUGUUGCAACUGAAGUCGUAACUUGGGUUGUGUUUAGCAGGGAAUUUCUGAGAAAGUACUUUCCUGAGGAUGUUUGUGGGAAGAAGGAGGUUGAGUUUCUGGAGCUGAAGCAAGGUAACUUGUCAUUUACUGAGUAUGCUUCCAGAUUUGUGGAACUUGCUAAGUUCCAUCCUCAUUACAGUGAGACGACUUUUGAGUUCUCGAAGUUUAUCAAAUUCGAGAAUGGUUUGCAUCCUGAGAUUAAGCAGGCGGUUAGAUACCAACAGAUCAGGAGGUUUCCACAGUUGGUGAAUAAUUGUAGAAUUUAUGAGGAUGAUAGUAAGGAUCAGUCGGCUUACUACAAGGGGCUGAGCGAGACAAGAGGAAAGCAAAAUUUGAAUAGUGGGAAGCCAUAUAAUGCUCCAACUGAUAAAGGUAGACAGAGAGAUACCGAUGGUAAGAGGUCAGGUGGGGGAGGUGUUCCUACUCAUCUUAAGUGCUAUAGGUGCGGUGAGUUAGGUCAUCGUAUCAGUGAAUUCAAGAAUGAUGUGAAGAAGUGCUACAAGUGA